ACCACUACAAACAAGGCAACUUAAUUAUCAAGGCAACAACAAAAGAAAUUAAAGAAUAGAAGAAGAAGAAGAAGAAGAAGAAGAAGAUACAGCUAGCUAGGGUGGGUGGGUGGCAGCUCCUCGUUUCGAUGAGGAAGCUGUGCCCGAAUCUGGAGAGAGAAGAUGCGCUGGACACGGUGCUGGAGGUGCCCAUUCCGGAGGAGAUGUUCGCGUCCGCCGGCAGCAGCUCCCGAUCGGGAGGCAGCAAGCACUUGGGCUGCACCAACGUCAAGGCCUGGAUGCGACCCCACUCAGCCUCCGCCUCCGCCUCCGCCUCCGCCUUCGCCUCCGCUGCCGCAUCCCCCGAGCCCCACUCGACGUCCCUCGCCAGCCGCGGAGAGCUCCAGCUCAUGCUCGGCGUCAUCGGCGCCCCCCUCAUCCCCCUCCCCGUCGUCCAACCCAACCACUCCGCCCCCCUUCUCAUCACCCACCACUUCCAACAAGACCCCAUCGAGAGUUCGAUGGCGAAGUACAUCGUGCAGCAGUACAUAGCGGCGUCGGGAGGGGAGGGGGCGCUGAGCGCGGUGAGCAGCAUGUACGCGAUGGGGAAGGUGAGGAUGACGGCAUCGGAGCUCAACGGGAACGACAGCGGCGUCAUGAACGGGAGCAGCGGCAAGAAGGGGAGCAUUAUUAAUAGUAAGGGAGGGGGUCGCGCGGGGGAGAUGGGAGGGUUCGUGCUGUGGCAGAAGAACCCGGACCUGUGGUGCCUGGAGCUGGUCGUGUCCGGCUGCAAGAUCAGCGCCGGCAGCGACGGCAGGGUCGCGUGGCGCCAAACGCCGUGGCACCAAUCGCACGCCUCCAGAGGCCCCCCGCGCCCGCUCCGCCGUUCUCUUCAGGGCCUCGAUCCGAUGUUGACGGCAAAUCUUUUCUCAAACUCGUCGUGCAUUGGCGAGAAGGCUGUCAACGGCGAGGACUGCUUCGUGCUGAAGCUGGACGCGGAAGCUGCCACCCUGCGUGCGCGGAACAGCAGUAGCGUGGAGAUCAUCAGGCACAGUGUGUGGGGCUACUUCAGCCAGCGCACAGGCCUCCUCGUCCAGCUCGAAGACUCCCACCUCCUCCAGAUCAAGUCCAACCACGGCAAUGUUUACUGGGAGACCACCAUGGAGUCCCACGUCGAAGACUACCGCCCCGUUGACGGCAUCAAUAUUGCUCAUGCCGGGCGCUCUAAUGUCUCGCUUUUCCGGUUUGGGGAUAACAACGAUGGUAAUACGAGAACACGCAUGGAAGAGACAUGGACGAUCGAAGAGGUGGAUUUUAAUAUAUGGGGACUCUCCAUCGACUGCUUCUUGCCGCCGAGCGACCUCAGGGAAGGAGGUAGUCAAGAAUCAGGGCAGAGCAACGACGUAAAAGUGAAGAAUCCUGGAACCCCACUGCCAGGUAGGGUUCAAACAAACGGAAGGAUUGGACCGUCCAAGGUUGCUGCGAUAGAUUCAGAUGAGCAGGAUUCGACGUCAGAGGAAGAAGGACAAUCAUGACGAUUCUUCGUCAGUAAAGCGACUUCAACAGUCAGAUUGUAAAUAUUGCAGCUUACAAAAUUUUGAUGGUGGCUGUAAUUAGAAUAGCUUGGUCUCCGGGCACUGGAGUAACAUUUAGCUCUCUUGAGCUCACUGAUGCUCUCUUCCACAACUCCUAAACUUGUCCAGCCACUCAAAUAAAGCUCAGUUUUUGACUGCUUGAAA